CUCUUGGAGCGGAUCUGGAGGCAUAGAGGGAAAGACACAGGAAGAGUUUCACUGGUAAACAUUAUUCCGUUUUUGGGCCACCCCCAACCUGUGAGCGCCGAGGAUGUCAGGACAGAAACGGCCGUGUGACCCCUGUAGCUCCACCUCUUCCGGCGCACCCCCAGAGAAACGGAGAGAACGUGACGCAGGUGAUGAGGGCGCUGGGGUGGGCACAGGAGGUGGGAGCACCGCGGUGGAGACUGUCAUCAAACUAGGAGGCGUGUCCAAUAUGGAAGAGCAGGACAUCAAAGCUCUUCUGGUGAAGAACAGGAAGCUGGGGGAAGCCCUGGACCAGAGACAGGUUAUUGAAGAUGAGCUAAGGGAGCGAGCUGAGAGACUAGAGACACGUCAGGCCACUGACGAUGCCAGCCUUCUCAUCCUGAACCGGUACUGGAAUCAGUUUGAUGAAAACAUACGUCUGAUUGGUCGACGCUAUGACCAGUCUGGAGCUGAUUCUGCAGAUCAGAUGCCUGGAGAAGGGCGAAGCCUAAAGCCAGAAACCCCAGAGCCCGAUGGAGACUCUAACCAGGAGAGGGUCAGAGACAAAGGACACCAAGGUGAGACAGCCAGUUCCUUUUUGGCCACCCUUGCCAGCAGCAGCAGCGAAGAGAUGGAGGCUGAGCUGCAGGAGCGGGUGCAGUCAAGUCUGAAGCUGGUCACUUGGGUGGCUGAGACCUAUAAUGGUCUUAAGAACACAGUUGGCUUAAUGGAAAAGGACCUUGAAUCAGGGGCAGAGGGAAGUGUCUGGAGAGUUGUGUCACAGCUGAAUAGUCUCCUGUCCAGUGAGAAUGAGCGAUUGCAGCAGCUGACUGACGAACUUCAACAGAGGCAUAGCCAUAUGACCAAUGAGUCUCGCUCUCUGAGCCGUGCUGUGUCACGUGCUGACAGUCGGAUCAGUGAGCUUCAAGUUUUGAUUGAAGAACUACAGUGGGACAUGGAGAAGAUCCGGCGACGGGAGAACCGACUCAAUGCCCACCUCGGGGAGGUGUUGGAGAGGGUGAACAGUAAAGGUUACAAGGUGUGUGGGGAGGCUAGCAGUGUGUGUGGCACUAUUACCAUCAACAAGAGGAAGUUUGAAGAGAUGAAUAGUGAACUGGAGGAGAACAGAGAGCUGGCAGAGAACCGGCUCAGUGAACUGCAGAAACUGCAGCAGGACCUGCAGAAUGUUUACCAGGAGAACAGCAGCAUGAGGACGGAGCUGCUGAGCCGUGCUGAGGGGAUGGUUAGGGAGACCUCAGAAUACCGUUGCCUACAGUCGCAGUUCUCUGUGUUGUAUAACGAGUCCCUGGUCUUGAAGGCCCAGCUUGAUGAAACUCGUGCGAGGCUCAACACGACCAGGGCUGCUCGGCUCCGGCAGCUAGACCAUAUGGAGAAUGAUGAGGUCUCUCUCCAAAGGAAGGUACGCACAGAAGUAAUUCAGUUGGAGGACACUUUGGCUCAGGUUCGCAAGGAGUAUGAGAUGCUCAGGAUUGAGUUUGAGCAGACCCUCGCUGCCAAUGAGCAAGCAGGCCCAAUUAAUAGGGAGAUGCGUCAUCUGAUCAGCACCCUGCAAACACACAACCAACAGAUGAAGGGUGAAGUGUUGAAGUACAAAAUGAGACUCAGAGAAGCCCAGGGUGAACUGAGCCAGGUCAGAGCACUGAAGGGAAGCUCUGUGCUGCAGUCACAGUCCAGCACAGAACUGGAUGUCAAGGAAGAAACCGCCUCACCACUAACCCCAGCACCUUCGAGUGACAUCACUGUCAAGGUAGAGCCUGACACUGGCUCUAAUACACCCACCAGCACUUCUGUACCAGUAAAGACUGAGCCUGGAAUAGAAACAGAAGGAGCAAUAAAAGAGGAGGAAAAAGAAAAGGAGAAAGAGAAAGAUAAAGAGAAAGAAAGAGAGCGUGAGAGAGAGCGCGAACGGGAGAGGGAGCGAGAAAGGACUGCCCGUUCAGGACAAGGUGUAGCUGUCAAGGAGGAGAGGGAGAGGGCCAGUACAAGCAGCCAAUCAGAGGAGUCAUCAACAGAACGAUGUGCUGUAAUUGGUGGCGCCAAAAGGAAGGAAAUGGAGCAGCUGAAGAUUGUUAAAACAGAGUUGAAGAAAGCACAGGAGUCUCAGAGAGAGAUGAAGCUGUUGUUGGACAUGUACCGCUCGGCCCCAAAAGAGCAGAGGGACAAGGUGCAGCUUAUGGCUGCAGAGAAGAAGAACAAAUCUGAGGCAGAGGAGCUCAGGCAACGGCUACGGGAACUGGAGGAGAGGGAGAGAAGGGAGGGAAAGAAGAUGGCUGACGAGGAGGCACUGAGGAAGAUCCGUUCUGUGGAAGAGCAGAUUGAUAUACUGAACAAGAAGCUUUCUCUGGCCAAACAGGAGGAAGAAGCCCUCCUCAGUGAAAUGGACGUAACAGGACAGGCAUUUGAAGACAUGCAGGAGCAGAACAUUCGUCUCAUGCAGCAGCUGAGGGAAAAGGAUGAUGCCAAUUUCAAGUUGAUGAGUGAGAGGAUCAAAUCCAACCAGAUCCACAAGCUGCUAAAAGAGGAGAAGGAGGAGUUAGCUGACCAGCUCCUUACUCUCAGGACUCAGGUUGAUGCCCAGUUGCAGGUCGUUCGAAAGCUAGAAGAGAAGGAGCGUCUCUUACAGGGCACCAUAAGUACUGCAGAGAGAGAGCUAGCACUGAGGACACAGGCCCUGGACAUGAACAAGCGCAAGGCCCAGGAGUCAGCAUUGCUCUCAGAAGAGAUCCGUGCUCAGCUGGAGGGUGUACAGCAAAGGCUCAGUUCAGUUCGCGAGGAGGUGAUUGAGAAUAGCAUCUCACGGGAGAAGGAGUCAUUCAAUGCUCGCAGAGCACAGGAGGAUAUUUCAAAACUGAGGAGGAAACUAGAGAAAGCCAAGAAACCAGCUGAAAACAUUCCAAACUGUGAUGAGAUUCUUAAUGAGGAAAUUAAAGAGUAUAAGGCACGUCUCACCUGUCCCUGCUGCAACUCUCGUGUGAAGGAUGCUGUUUUGACCAAGUGCUUCCACGUCUUCUGCUUUGAGUGUGUAAAAACACGCUACGACACCCGUCAGAGAAAGUGUCCCAAGUGUAACGCAGCAUUUGGGGCCAAUGAUUUCCACCGCAUCUACAUCUGAGAGACUUGUUCAGGAAGGUGUGUAGAGAGGGUGAGGAAGGCAAAAUGAAGGUUGACCAGUAGUGUGUGAAGGUUGAGAUAGUGAUGUCUUACUUCGCUAGUCUUUGAAACGGGCAGAUCUCGUCACAGAGGUUUUUGGAAUAGUGAAAGAGGUUGUAUAAAAGUUAGUGGAAACAUUACUACACACGGCGUCAGAAGCCUGUCUGGGGUGUAGUGUGGUGACUUUCUGGGACUGUUGUUGCACUCCAUGAAGUAAACCAUUUGUGCUUAACCCAUGGACAGUGAUCAGGUGAGUAAAGCCUCUUCUCAAGGUUCCAUGGCAGCACAGCCUCUAUGCCUCCUUUACCCCUCCAAUAUCCACUGCUCAGGAGACAGGGCUUAGCCCUUCCUGAAGCUGACCAUGGUGGAUACCAGAAGUCAUCCUGGUUAUAAAUUGUUGUCCUGAGUUUUGAGGUUUCCUACCUGACUUGUCAUGCAAAAGUUUAAAAUGUCUGAAUCAUUCAUUAGUUUGUUACUGGAUGAUUGAUGCCAGUGCUGGUGGGGACAGAUCCUGGUCCCAAACUGGCAAUGCUGUCACGGACUUAUUACAAGUUCUGGAAUACAAAUGGAAAAGGUCCAAAGGUAUCUAUAUUGGUAUUAACCAACUGGUUUUGGAAAAUUCACCAAACUAUAUUUCCAAAGCUGGAUGCUGCUGGUCUACUGAGAGUCUUUGGUAUAUUUUUUUUUUUUAAUUAUUCAUUUUAAUUUACAAGCUGUUUUGUCCUAUAUUGUUUUCUGUUGUCCUAAAAUGGUGCAGAUGUGUAAUUGCUUAUUUGCUAAUAAAAGUCCAUAUAAA